AUGGACGGGGCCCAUAUUGCCGCUGCCUCGCAGGAGGCCGGCGGGGCGUCCUCGUCGGCGUCGUCGGCCUCGUCUUACGAUGGCUUGGCGUCCGGGCGCUCCUGGAUGCGGAAGGGGAUGCACCUGCGGCGGCGGCGGCAGGUUCUGAAUAGAUGCAGUGGUUCUGAAGGAAGAUUACGACCUGAUGUCCUCUCAAAGAUGUGUACCUCGGCAGUGAAGGAGUCCUUAACAAAUAUUUAUGGUGACAGAUUUCAGAGUUUCAUGAGUAACUUUGAGAAAGCUUUUGGUAGUACAUUGAGAACGAUUCACCUUAUCAAUGAAACACCUGUCUAUCAGCAAGAUAUGGCGCAAUGUUCUUACAAAGAUGGUAAUUCUGUACCUGAAAUCAAGUUGGGUGGUGCUGAUUCAUUACCUGAAAUAAAGUUGGGCGGUGCUGAUUCACCAAGUCAGAUACAUGAUGUCCAGACUGACAUGCCCUCAAGUUCAAUGAAUAAUCAGAUUGUUCUUCAUGCGGGCAUCAAUCAUCAGCUGGUUCACCUUACUCGUAGCAGAUCUAAUCCAGAAAUUGAUCAGCACAUCCUUAGUGUAUUUGAGAGAUCUCUGAAUGAGCAAGCUCGUUCAAAUGAGCUCAAGGAGCUUGAAAUAGGACUUACUAUGAGAAAAUUGCAAUUGAGCCGAUCUCAGUUAGCUCUGAGCUCCGACUCACACAUGUUAGAGAAGAUCAAAGUUCGUAUGGGAUUUCAGAAAGCCUCUUUCAAAGAGAAGAAAUUCAAGACUGAAAUGGAGGAUACAAAGCAUGCAGAACUUUUCAGGAAACUUAUAGAUAUGCUUCUUACUGCAGUGGUACUCAUGUCUGUCUGUUUUGGAUGUGGAACAUAUAUUUACUCGUACCAGUGGAUAACUGCUGCUACUUCAGCUUGUGCAGCAAAUUUCAAGGGAAAUUCUAGUGGUAUUCCCCUACCAAUUUUAAGCAAAGCAUGUGUCUACAAAACAGGAGAAAUAUGA